UCAUGCGCCUGUUGAUGUUGACGAGCGACUAGAAUUUUAGCAGAAUUGCGAAUUUUAAAUUGUCAUUUAAAAGACAUCAGACGCUCGCAUUGUAUUUUAACGAGCUGUUUCGGUACUCCCGUGUAAAGGCUGGAAAUAGGAGACUAAAGACAUUCAGAUGAAGUGUUUGAAGUGACACAGCUUUCCAAUAUGAUGACGGCUGUGGACGUGGAAGACGAGAGUAUUCUGGCUUCAAUAUUUAAAGACAGCUUUCCAGACAACUGGAGAGACAACCCCGACUUCGCGGCCUACCUGUCCGAGCUCAGUUCGUAUGGCGUGGAGAAAUUAAACCGUGAACCGGAGCGGCUGGCGGAGGAGAGGGCGCAGAUACUGCAGCAGACCCGGGAGCUCGCCUUCUCCAACUACAAGACGUUCAUCCGCACCGCGGACUGCACCGAGGAGAUUUACCGAGACUUUGGCCGUGUGGAAAGCAGUGUUUCUAAACUCCUCGACAAGUUGCCCAGCUUCGGGGAAAAAUGCAGGGGUUUUGUGAAGGAGGCGGAGGACAUCGGGGCGAGCCGGCGGAUGAACAGCCUGACUCUGAACCGUCACACAGAGAUCCUGGAGAUCUUAGAGAUCCCUCAGCUGAUGGACACCUGUGUCCGGAAUGGUUACUACGAGGAGGCUCUGGGGCUGGCAGCGUACGUCAAGAGACUGGAGAAGAAGCACUCGGCUCUACCUGUCAUCCAGGGCAUCGUCCACGAGGUGCGUCAGUCGGCUCAGCUCAUGCUGAACCAGCUGUUGCAACAGCUUCGUAGCAACUCCCAGCUUCCUGUGUGCCUGCGUGUGAUUGGCUACCUGCGCAGGAUGGACGUGUUCACGGAGGCGGAGCUACGGGUCAAGUUCCUGCAGGCGCGGGGCACCUGGCUCCAUUCCAUCCUGUCCACUGUCCCUGACGAGGACCCUUACUGCCACAUCACCAAGACCAUCGAGGCCUGUCGCGUUCAUCUGUUUGACAUCAUCACCCAGUACAGAGCCAUCUUCUCUGACGAGGACCCCCUGCUGUCUCCCGGUGGUCACGACCAGGCGGUGAACGAGGCAGCCAUCUUCCACGGCUGGGUGGUGCAGCAGGUGUCUGAGUUCCUGGUGACCCUGGACCGAGACCUCCAGAGGGGGGUGGGCGGACGCCUGGACUCCCUGCUGGGACAGUGCAUGUAUUUCGGCCUGUCCUUCAGCCGCGUUGGGGCAGACUUCCGUGGCCAGCUGGCCCCGAUGUUCCAGCGCGUGGCGGCCGAUACCUUCCGUAAAGCUGUAGAGGAAGCCAUAGACCGGUUCCAGGAGGACAUGAACCUGUACACUCUGAUCUCUCUCCCCUCUAUGCUGGGUGGGGGAUCCAUGCCAGGUACCCUCCAGACCCCCAGUACCCAGCCAGGUACCCUCCAGCCCCCCAUGACUCUGCUGGACUUCCCCCCUCUGGCCUGCUUCCUGAACAACAUCUUGACGGCCUUCAACGACCUCAGGCUCUGUUGUCCCCUCGGUCUGGCCCAGCAGGUGACCAAGUACCUGGAGGACGCCCUCAUGAAGGUAACCAACGCCUGUCUGUCUCUGCUACGUCUGCUGCUACAGUUACCAUAAUGACAUGUCGAGUCU